AUGUCAGCGAGAAUAUGGGUCCUAACAAUCAGGGAGUUGGAAAAUUCAUUCGUGCCCACGUUGAGAAACUGUACUAACUUGAAGGAGUUGAAAAAAAUCCAUGCUCAUGUAGUCAAGUUUUCGCUAUCUCAGAGCAACUUCUUGGUCACAAAAAUGGUGGAUUUUUGUGAAAAGAGUGCAGAAGUGGAGUACGCCAGUUUGCUUUUCGAACAAGUGGCUGAACGAAACGUUUUUUUGUACAACGCAAUGAUCAAAGUCUAUACGCAUAGUUACAUGUAUAGUCUAGCUAUGGUUCUCUACAAGCAAAUGGUCAGAAAUAUAAAAGCUGAGAGCUCCAUUUUUCCUGACAGAUUCACUUUCCCUUUUGUGAUCAAAUCAUGUGCAGGGCUCCCUUGCAUUAAUCUGGGUAGACAAGUUCAUGGCCAAGUUUGUAAAUUUGGGUCAAAUUCCCAUUCAAUCACUUGUAGUAGUUUAAUGGAUAUGUAUAUAAAGUUUGAUAGUUUGACAGAUGCGCAGAAGGUGUUUGAUGAAAUGAGCGAAAGAGAUGAAAUAUCUUGGAAUAGUCUGAUUUCAGGAUAUGCUAGACUGGGGAAGAUGAGAAGAGCAAGAGAGUUGUUCAAUGAAAUGCCUAACAAGACUAUUGUGUCUUGGACUGCUAUGAUUUCUGGGUACACAAAGAUUGGAUGCUAUUCUGAUGCAUUGGAUGUUUUCAGAAAAAUGCAAAAAUUGGGUAUUGAAUUUGAUGAGGUCAGUAUUAUAUCAGUGCUGCCAGUGUGUGCUCAGCUUGGAGCUCUUGAGAUAGGAAAAUGGAUUCACAUUUACUCAGACAAGAAUGGAUUGUUGAAGAGGUCAACUAGUGUUUGUAAUGCCAUAAUUGAAAUGUAUGCAAAAUGUGGUUGCAUUGAUCCUGCAUUGCAGAUAUUCGAUCAAAUGACCAAGAAGGAUGUCAUUUCAUGGAGCACCAUGAUAGGAGGGUUGGCACAUCACGGUGAAGCUUAUAAAGCCAUUGAACUCUUUAGAGACAUGGAGAGAGCAAAGGUUCAACCUAAUGGGAUCACAUUUCUCAGCCUUCUAUCAGCCUGCGUCCAUGGCGGAUUUUGGAGUGAGGGACUGAACUACUUUGAAUCCAUGAGAAAUGAUUAUCAUCUACACAUCGAAAUCGAGCACUAUGGUUGUUUGGUUGAUCUUCUUGGACGCUCAGGGCAGCUUGACCAGGCUCUUGAGACAAUAAACAAAAUGCCCAUGAAGCCAAAUUCCAAGAUUUGGGGUUCUUUGUUAAGCUGUUGCAGAAUUCAUGGCAAUCUUGAGGUUGCUAUGAUAGCCAUGGAACACCUUUUAGAGCUUGAACCAGAUGAUGCAGGGAACUAUGUGUUGAUUUCCAAUAUUUAUGCAGACAUUGGAAGGUGGGAGAGUGUUUCAAAGGUCAGGAAGCUAAUAACAUGUGGGAACAUGAAGAAAAUUCCAGCAAGGAGUUUGGUUGAAGAGUCUGUCUCUGGUGCUGAAUCAUAAAUGGGACAGCAGCUGGGAAUGAAACUCUUUGUCAAGACUGUUUAAAUUUUUAUUUAUUUCUUAAUAUGUUAAAUUUAUUUUGUAUCCUUUUUGUUGUAUAUAUAUAUUUCUUACAACACCCAUGCAUCUACUUCUCAGUAUAUAAUGUAUUUCAUUUUUAUUUUAUUUGUAACAAUAUUCUAUAUUUUGGAU